GCUGUAACGACCUCGGCGCUCCGACUUUGACAGACUCUCCCUCGCUAGCGCGGAGAAGGAGGAGGAGGAGGAGGAGGAGGAGGAGAAGAAGUGUUUUCGUCUCGCUAACGGCUAAGCAGGAGGGAAAAUAACAACUCCAAAACAAAAACGAUGACAGAUGAUGCGACAAAUCAAACCGGGAAGUUAAAGACCGAAUGCAAAAAGAGAUGGAUCAAGGAGGUCUGAAGAACGGCGUGAAGAGAGAUGAGCACUUGAUUACCCUGAAUUACAGCGACAGCCCAGCCGAGGGAGUUUUGCAUAACGGAGCACGCAGCGCCAUGUCCAUCGCCCCCACUUCUCUAGUCCCUCCACCCAGCCCCUUGAUGCAGCCCGUGUCUGGGGACCUUCCCAACGGACUCAGCAGCUCCCCUACUUCACAGGAGCUCACAACAUUACCAUCCACACUGGACCUCUAUUUGGAGGAUCCAGACAUGAAAGCAGUUGGGAAGGACCUGAGGGCUCAGCAGUCCUUCCAGCAACAGUCUUCUCUGGGCCUCUACAGUUUGGCGGACAAUUUCUCACGGCUGGAGGCCAGCAUUGCUGAUCUCAACAGCUCCUCUCCAUCUGUGGACUCCUUAAUUGGAGGAGUGGAUCCCAGCCUCUUUCCACUGAAAAAUGAGGACUUCUCACCCAUAGGUAAAGGGGACAUAGAACUGGAGCCAGACCCCUUCGGGUCUAUCGGGAAAGACAUGGAUUCAGGUAACCCGAAAUUGUUCAGCGAGAACACCCUGGACCUCCUGCAGGAUUUCGAGUUAGCAGGGUCACCCUCAGAUUUCUAUGUGGGAGAUGACGAGUUUCCGCCGUUGGGUGAGGACUCUCUGCUGGGAGUGAUCGGCCCGGAGAGGGACUCGAAGUCCACCGUUUCAGUGAGCACCACCAACAGCACUAGCAACAACAUCAACAUCAGCAGCAACACCAGUGUCAACAGUGCGACCAGCUGCACUUCCUCUGGUGUGACCACCACUAGCUCCGCCCCUGUGGUGAAAGUGGAGAAGGAGUCUCUGAUUCAGCUGUGCACCCCAGGGGUGAUCAAGCAGGAGAAUGUUGGUGGGCAGAGCUUCUGUCACUUGGCCGGUUCUGACCUGUCAAGCCCCCUGGCUACCACACCCAUCUCCGUCUGUGGCGUCAGCACCUCCAGUGGGCAGAGCUACCACUUCGGAGGCCCCCCUUCUGCUCCCACCAUCAGCAUCCAGCAGAAAGAUCAGAAACCCAUUUUUAACGUGUUUGCCCAACAGACCACGGCUGGGGACGGCUGGGGGAGGAGUCUUGGGCUACAGCAGAGGGCCAGUGACAGUUUCACCAACACCCAGAACUUUACUGCCAGCUAUGCCAGUUCCGCAAGCAGGCCUGAGCUCAGCGUUGCUGCAUCUUCGGGUGCGGGGAAAUCCGGCGGCGCCACACAUAAAAUCUGCCUGGUGUGUUCAGACGAGGCGUCAGGCUGCCACUACGGCGUGCUCACCUGCGGCAGCUGCAAGGUCUUCUUCAAAAGAGCUGUGGAAGGAUGGCGAUCGAGACAAAACACAGAUGGGCAACACAAUUACCUGUGCGCUGGGCGGAACGAUUGUAUCAUCGAUAAAAUCCGCAGGAAGAACUGUCCUGCCUGCCGCUUCCGCAAGUGCCUAAUGGCCGGGAUGAACCUAGAAGCACGUAAAGUCAAGAAGAUGAAGGGCUUAAAGGGUGUCCAGCAGGUGAACACGGUCGAGAUGAGCCCAGCUCCAGUGCAGGAGGUGCGGGCGCUGGUGCCCAAGGCCAUGCCCCAGCUCGUGCCCACCAUGCUGUCCCUGCUCAAAGCCAUCGAGCCAGAGACCAUUUAUGCUGGCUAUGACAGCACACUGACUGACACCUCUACUCGGCUCAUGACCACCCUCAACAGGUUGGGUGGCCGCCAGUUCAUCUCUGCUGUCAAGUGGGCCAAAGCUCUGCCAGGUUUCCGUAAUCUUCACCUGGAUGAUCAGAUGACCUUGCUGCAGUCAUCCUGGCUCUUCCUCAUGUCUUUCAGUCUGGGCUGGAGGUCCUACCAGCAGUGCAACGGCAACAUGCUUUGUUUUGCCCCAGACCUGGUGAUCAAUGAGGAGAGGAUGAAACUGCCCUACAUGGGUGAUCAGUGUGCACAGAUGUUGAAGAUAUCCAAUGAGUUUGUCAGGCUGCAGGUGUCGAACGAGGAGUACCUGUGCAUGAAGGUCCUGUUGCUGCUCAGCACAGUGCCAAAGGACGGUCUGAAGAGUCAGGCUGUGUUCGAUGAGAUCAGGAUGUCCUACAUUAAAGAACUAGGAAAAGCCAUCGUCAGGAGAGAGGGGAACUCCAGCCAGAACUGGCAACGAUUCUACCAGCUCACUAAGCUACUGGACUCCAUGCACGACAUGGUGGGUGGACUGAUGAACUUCUGCUUCUACACAUUUGUGAACAAGUCGCUGAGCGUGGAGUUCCCCGAGAUGCUUGCAGAAAUCAUCAGCAACCAGUUACCAAAAAUCAAAGCUGGGAGUGUGAAACCGCUGCUCUUUCAUCAGAAAUGAAAAGAAAAAAAAACAAACCUUCCGCCGGCAGCGGGACACCAUGCCUUAAAACUACACCGCAUCACCGAGCGUUCCUCACUGAACAUGCAGAGGGACAGUGAGACACAGCGAGAGAGAGAAAGAGAGAGAGAGAGUGACAUGUGUUUGUCAUUGUGGGGCGAUGAAUGGCAGCAAGUCCAGCGCAGAACCAUGGUGGGCGAGUGUUGAGUUUAAAGACGGGUAUAGAAAUGCAAAAGCAAAAGAUAGCUAUACAGUUGGAAAGAUUUAACUAUGAUAUUCUAUGGUGGAUAAAAAAAAGAUUAUACCAUAAAUGUUGUCUCAGGUGUUUGAUUUUCAACAUUACAGUAAGUAGUAAAAAUAAAGCUAUUUCUCUGAGAUCGCUAUUUGUAUAGGUUUCACACAUUGUCUGAUUUUUUUUUUUUGGUUUGUUUAUAGCGAAGGCAACACCACAGCACUUACUGUCAGAUAUGCUCAACCUAUAUAUAUAGUACGUUUUUAGAUUUUCAGAACUUUUAAUUUUUACGUCAGUCAGAAAUACAGAGUUUAUUACUUCAUCUGAUUAUCUGAUACACAUCUAAUUUGAAAUAAUCAUUUCGAUAAUAUGUACAGUGAUAUGGCUUUGGUAUUGUUAGAAGUUGGCUGGAGAAGAUUUAAUACUUACACAUAACAUAUCUUUACUAUUUUGAAGCUCAUGUUUUUUGCUAACUGCUAACAGAAUUACACAAUUAUAGCAAAAGGGAAAAUAUGUGCCUUUUUUAGCUCGUCCCACCUAUUCAUUUUCUGUAGUCAUGCGUUCCGAGCGUUUUGCAUCCGUCAUUGGUAGAUAUUGUAUUUGAUUGUAUUUUUAUACCCACUUGCACUGGCGAUUUUCCUUUUUAACAUGGCCGUGUAUUUUGUUCUUGGCAGCUCCAUGAUGACGCAGUGUGAACUAAAGUGGUCCUUAUUGCUAUGGUAUUGAAAUUAGGAGUCUCACCAGUAAUCCGCCUACCUUCCCGCAUUGUUUCAUUGGACUUCUGACUAAAAUGCAAUUUGAGCACUUUCAGUUCUUUUAAAUGCUUUAAAGAAAAGUCACACGAACGAAGCUGGUUUACGUACGAGAAGCCGAACUUGUGUUAAGUAUUGUCUGAGAGAACCGUUUUUAAUUGUUUUGUCAUUUGUUGAAUGGUAUAACAAUGACUUAUGCAAUGUGAAUGAUGGUUCUGAUCUGAUCGCCGUUUGGUCUUUUUUGUGUUUUUGUGCGUCCCUGGCUUAAAAAGCCGGACAUCUACACAGCCAUAACAUGACAGUUUGUCACUGUUACCAGACUAGUACUAGGAAAUGAAUGCCAGUGGCCAAGGUUCCCUAAAAGCAUAAAAUGUCUAUUAACAGGGAGACUGGAGUACAGUACAAUCAUAUUUAUACAUUUAUCUCUACAAGAAAUAUAAGAAACCCUGCCAUCUCAGCUCAGGCCCAAGACCUCUACGUUUUGCAGUACCUCUUUCAGCUCCGGGUGUUUGCUAUGGUAGUCUGUGUGUAUGUGCCCAUUUUAGCUGAUGCUCCUGUGUUUAAUCAGUGCAGCCUAACCCUCUUAGUUUUCCAAGUACUAAUAACCUUCUUCUGUCCAUUUCUCAGAUAAAUCGCAGCAGACAAAAGCAACAUUAGCCUCACUACUCACUUCUCGGGGAAUUUCUAAAAGCCUGUAUUGUUGUAAUCUAUUCUUUCUGUGCCAAAUGUUUAUUCAUUUCUGAUUUUUAGAAAUAUUCAAAACUGUGCUUCUCUUAACAGCUGUUCAAGGUUAUGUCGAGCAGGAAAUGUAGAAAGACAUGGAAUAUUUUCAUUUUCCUCUGUUGGAGUUUAUUACAUGUUUAAUACAUGAAUAAAAAGACCAGAUUAUAUCUA